CUCAGAGUUACCCCCUGUUCAUUGAUCUCACUUAGUCAAUGAUCUCCAAACACCACAAAACCAACUUACUGUUUCUGUGCCAUGAUGAAGAUGAGACAAAUUUUCACUCUGUUGCUUUUUUGCCAUGUAUGUCUUCAUAAUAUGGUAAACACAAGGACAGUAUGUAGUCGUCCCCCACCUGUGGAAGGUUCAGAGGUUUCUGGGGGGCAACGCGUUUUUGAGCCCGGUGAGCAGGCCACUCUAAGAUGUAUUCAAGGGUACACACCUACUGGUGGCUCUCGUAAGAUGACAUGCACUAUUACAGGAAAGUGGACAGAGCGUUCACUCAAAUGCACACUGAAACGGUGCCCAACUCCUGACCCUCCUGCCAACGGAAAAGUUUAUUUCACUAGCAUUGUGUUCCAAAGCACUAUCAAUUACACCUGUAAUGAAGGGUAUGUCCUACAUGGGAACAAUUCUUGUGAAUGUUUACAUACAGCAAUAUGGAGCAACCCAACCCCCCUUUGUAAACCUGUGAAAUGCGGGCUUCCAGUGAUUCCAAAAUAUGCCAAAAUUAUUUACGAUAAGGUCUUUACUGGUAACACCACAGAGUUUGGAUUAGGUGUGACUUAUAAAUGUUUGCCACCACUGGCACUUUUCGGUAACGAGAGAGGGUACUGCACUGCUAACAGAACAUGGACAGACCCACCCACGUGUCAGGAAGUGUCCUGCAAAGUACCCCCUACUAUAGAAAAUGGAUUUCUCACAUCGGCUGUUCUUAAGGAAUAUGGUUAUAUGGCACGGAUAAAAUAUGGCUGCAGUAAGGGCUAUGUUCUGGAUGGACCAAUGGAAAUAGUCUGUAACAAGAGUGGACACUGGUCUGAAAAGCCUGUCUGCAUAAAUGCUUAGUUCUCUCACAAAGAGUAAAAUCAGCAGUGUGUCAAAUGAUAAUUAACUGGAACUAGCUGAGAAAAUUAUAUGUCUGUACAAAUAAAAAUAUUCACGAGUGAUUAACAUUUAUGUUUCUCUACCCAUGAUAAAAAAAUCUUUUUUAUCAACAACUGUACAUUCAACAUUAAGCUAUUAAAAAUGUAUUUACAA